AUGUCGACUUUCCAGAACACAGAAAACGUGAAGGGGGAUUCUUGCUGCAUCACUGCAGUGUUUGACAUACACACGUCGGACUCCAGUCACGUAACUACUACCGACAACACCACCGUCGUCACUGUGAUCGGUCUGGCCAUCGGAGGGUCGACUCGACUGAAUCUGAGCACCAUCAACUUCAACGACAUCUAUUCUGCGUUCAAUCGAGUAGUGAAGAACAUACCCAUACUUCUCGGGUACACGGUGAAAAGCCUCUCGGUCAUGCCCAACAACAAACUGGAGGUAAGACUAUUUGUCGAACCGAAAUAUAGUCUGUUGAGUUAUGAGUUGUGGCUCGUUCGGGUCGUAGGACAGGCUCUGCUCUUGUGGUUUUACCACGGUGCAGUGUCACACAUCAUGGUGACACACCAGGACCAUUUGCAGAAGAUACACCGUGAAGCUGUGGGAUGGUGUCCCUGUGCAAUGUUGACCGGUUUCGACGACAGCGAGUCUUGUACUUGUGCUUUGUACUACGACAUGUGGGACAUGGACGUUCGUCACAGCCACGUCCGAGACCAUUUGUUGACAUAUCGGACAUAUCGGCAAAUGCCAUGCGAUAUCUCUUUCGUGUGUAGCGGUGUCCACAUGACAGAUCUCUCAGAUGACGAACAGACACUUCUGAUGAAGAAAGUCGCCUGGAUAUUUCAAGGCUUUUCUGUUGCCCCCAAACAAGACGCCAUGACGGGGAUCCGUUCGAGCCUAGGCAUACCUUGUGAUUUCACGAAAACCGAAAAUAUUGUACCGCAAGUAUACAAGUUGACAGACUGUCAGAAUGAAACACGUGCGGAGAUGUACAAUUGUCAGCAAGCCGAAGACCAGAUGACAUAUAGUCACUUGUUGAGGAAAUGGACAUCUUGGGUUUCGGCAAUUGUCGAGUAGUGACACACACCUACAAUAUUACAAGGAAAUCGCCAGAUUCUUUAGAAAGUAAGCAUUUCACUGUAAUGUCUGUACCUACAAUGUGACCAAUAAAAUGUGAUUUGAUUUGAUUUGCAAGGGUCCCGUUCACAGCACACACUCGCUCUAACACUCUAACACGUAGCCUGGGUCGUUUUGACCCCAGCCAGGACAGGAGAGGACAACGCUAGGGGUCAUACAGCCACUCGCUCUAACACAUAGGCACUGACACGUAGCCUGGGUCUUUUUGACCCAGGACAGGACAGCAGGAGGAGAUAUACAGCCACUCGCUCUAACACAUAGACACUGACACGUAGCCUGGGUCGUUUGACCAGGACAAGAAAGGACAGGACAGCGGGAGGAGAUAUACAGCCACUCGCUCUAACACAUAGGCACUGACACAUAGCCUGGGUCUUUUUGACCCCGGAAAGGACAGCGGGAGGAGAUAUACAGCCACUAGCUCUAAUAUAUAGGCACUGACACGUAGCCUGGGUCUUUUUGACCCGGACAGGACAGCGGGACGGGAUAUACAGCCAUUCACUCUAACACGUAGCCUGGGUCUUUUUGACCCGGACAGGACAACGGGAAUGUUAUAGAAUGUGCGGACCAACUGACAAAUGUCUUCACUGACAUUUUCAACCUCUCCCUGACCGAGUCUGUAAUACAGUAGCUUGCGAAAGUAUUCACCCCCCUUGGCAUUUUUCCUAUUUUGUUGCCUUACCACCUGGAAUUAAAAUGGAUUUUUUGGGGGGAGUUGUAUCAUUUGAUUUACACGACAUGCCUACCACUUUGAAGAUGCAAAAUAUUUUUUGGGGUGAAACGAACAAGAAAUAAGACAAAAAAAAAAAGAACUUCAGCGUGCAUAACUAUUCACCCCACCAAAGUCAAUACUUUGUAGAGCCAACUUUUGCAGCAAUUACAGCUGCAAGUAUCUUUGAUUUUUUGUAUAACCCAACCCUGAUCUGUACUUCUCCACAACUUUGUCCCUGAUCUGUUUGGACAGCUCCUUGGUCUUCAUGGUGCCGGUGCUUGGUGGUGCCCCUUGCUUAGUGUUGUUGCAGACUCUGGGGCCUUUCAGAACAGGUGUAUAUAUACUGAGAUCAUGUAACAGAUCAUGUGACACUUAGAUUGCACACAGGUGGACUUUAUUUAACUAAUUAUGUGACUUCUGAAGGUAAUUGGUUGCACCAGAUCUUAUUUAGGGGCUUCAAAGAAAAGGGGGUGCAUGCACCACUUUUCUGUUAUUAUGUUUUUCAUUUCACUUCACCAAUUUGGACUAUUUUGUGUAUGUCCAUUACAUGAAAUCCAAAUAAAAAUCCAUUUAAAUUACAGGUUGUAAUGCAACAAAAAAGGAAAAACGCCAAAGUGGAUGAAUACUUUUGCAAGGCACUUACCUACAUGUUUCAAAUAGAACACCAUAGUCCUUGUCCCCAAGGAAGUGAAGGUAACCUGCCUAAAUGAUUACCGCCCGAUAGCACUCACGUCGGUAGCCAUGAAGUGCUUUGAAUGGAUGGUUAUGGCUCACAUCAACACCAUCAUCCCAGAAACCCUAGACACACUCCAAUUCGCAUACCGUCCCAACAGAUCCAAAGAUGACGCAAUCUCAAUCGCACUCCACACUGCCCUUUCCCACCUGGACAAAAGGAACACCUACGUGAGAAUGCUGUUCAUUGACUACAGUUCAGGUUCAACACAAUAUUGCCCACAAAGCUCAUCACUAAGCUAAGGACCCUGGGACUAAACAUCUCCCUCUGCAACUGGAUCCUGGACUUCCUGACGGGCCGCCCCCAGGUGGUAAGGCUAGGCAACAACACACCUGCCACGCUGAUCCUCAGGGGUGCGUGCUUAGUCCCCUCCUCUACUCCCUGUUUGAGCCAAACACGACUCAAACACCAUCAUUAAGUUUGCUGACGACAGAACAGUGGUAGGCCUGAUCACCGACAACGAUGAGACAGCCUAUAGGGAGGAGGUCAGAGACCUGGCAGUGUGGUGCCAGGAUAGCAACCUCUCCCUCAAUGUGAGCAUGACAAAGGAGCUGAUCGUGGACUACAGGAAAAGACGGGCCGAACAGGCCCCCAUUAACAUCUAUGGGGCUAUAGUGGAGCGGGUCGAGAGUUUCAAAUUCCUUGAUGUCCACAUAACAAACAAACUAUCAUGGUCCAAACACACCAAGACAGUCGUGAAGAGUAAAUCUUUUCUUAACUCUUUCUUGAUAGGAGAGGGCCUAGAACUGAGCCCUGGGGGACACCAGUGGUGAGAGCACGUGGUGCGGAGACAGAUUCUCGCCACGCCACCUGGUAGGAGCGACCUGUCAGGCAGGACGCAAUCCAAGAGUGAGCAGCGCCGGAGAUGCCCAACUAAGAGAGGGUGGAGAGGAGGAUCUGAUGGUUCACAGUAUCAAAGGCAGCGGAUAGGUGUAGAAGGAUAAGAGCAGAGGAGAGAGAGUUAGCUUUAGCAGUGUGGAGAGCCUCUGUGACAGAGAAGAGCAGUCUCAGAUGAAUGACCAGUCUUGAAACCUGACUGGUUUGGAACAAGAAGGUCAUUCUGAGAGAGAUAGCAGGAGAGUUGGCUAGAGACAGCACGCUCAAGGGUUUUGGAGAGAAAAGAAAGAAGGGAUACUGGUCUGUAGUUGUUGACAUCGGAGGGAUCGAGUGUAGGUUUUUUGAAGAGGGGUGCAACUCUCACUCUCUUGAAGAUGGAAGGGACAUGGCCAGUGGUCAAGGAUGAGUUGAUGAGCGAGGUGAGGUAAGGGAGAUGGUCUCCGGAAAUGGUCUGGAGAAGAGAGGAGGGGAUAGGGUCAAGUGGGCAGGUUGUUGGGCGGCCGGCCGUCACAAGUCCAAUCCCUUUGAUGUGGAGAGGCACACUGAAAACCUCCAUCAAGGAGCAUGGCAAUUCCAAGCAUGUCUGUCGUUGACAGUCCAAGACCUGCAGUCCUAGACCUGUGACGCUCAUGUUGAAGCAGACUGCACAGGUCUACAUAACAUUGUAUAUAUGCUCUCUGGCUAGUAUUAUGCUUAUUAUGCUAGCUAGUAUUAUGCUCAUUAUGCUAGCUAGCAUUGUGCUCAUUAUACUAGCUAGCAUUAUGCUCAUUAUGCUAGCUAGCACUAUGCUCAUCACAUAGCAGUGAUUGCCUCACUUCCAUGUGUUCAGGUUGUUUCAACUGUUCUACAAAUUAAUAAUAGUGCUAUGCAUGAAAAUCUACGGUGGAAAGUAUUCAGACCCCUUGACUUUUUCCCCAUUUUGUUAAGUUACAGCCUUAUUCAAAAAUUGAUAAAAUCGUUUUUUUUCCCUCAUAAUCUACACACAAUGCCCCAUAAUGUCAUAGCAAAAACUGUUUAUUUUUUAUUUUUUAACUAAUUUAAAACAAAUAUAAAACUCAGUACUUUGUUGAAGUACCUUUGCCAGCGUUUACGGCCUCGAGUCUUCUUGGGUAUGAUGCUCAAGCUUGAAGGUAGAAACCACAUUUGUUUAAGCAUGUCAGCCAUAUCAGCUGUGUUUUUUAAAAAGGCAGAAAAUGAGGCUGAAUUAACUGUUUUGCUGCCAGACAAAGCUCCGCUGAUAGCCAGGUGUAGAAGUGGUAAGGAUUCACUCCAUGUUGCUGAAAAGAAAGCUCUGCUAUUGGGACAGCUUUAUGUAGGCCCUAACAGUUUGUGGGCACCGUUUGUCACCGUUAUAGUGCAAUUAAUGUAUUGUUUAGUGUUGUGUUAUGUUGUGUAGCGGCUUUGCUGGCAUGCAUCUAAAACAAAAUGUUGAGUUUGCCCCAGCAAGAUUUACAUGCUAAAAUCUACACUGCACGUGCUUAUGGAUUUAGAGCGAUAUCUAGAUGCAAAUUGUCUAUGUCUAUUAUUCAAGAAGGAUUGAUCAAGCCUUCAUAUGUAAAUAGAUGAAUGACUGGCAGAGUGUAUUACAAAAAUUACUUUCAUUUCAAUUAAAUAUCUACAUGCUCAUGUGUACCACAGGGAUAUGCACAGAAGUCAGGCAUUGUUGUUUCAUUGUACAAAUGCAAUAUACUAUCCAUAAACACACAAUGAAGAUGUCAGAAGGCGAAAACACUUAUUUUAGUCCAAAUGGACUUUCCAUUGUCUUUAGACUGAGCUGUAAUUUAAAACUUUACACAAAUCUGAGGCUACUUAUCUGUUGUCCUGAAUGCCCUGCUAGGUUAAGAGCUGGACAGGAAGGACAAUGAGAAAUGGCUUCAUUCUUUAAUGCAGUCAGUAACACUGUGAUCAAUCUAUCUGGCAGUCUGUCUAGCAGUCUGUCUGACUCACUUUGCCUCUUCAUCCUGAGAAUAGUUCUCGCUACCCUCGUUGUAGCGAUAAAAGCACAUAAAAUGCAGCCAUUUGGUGCAGUGUCACUAAAUGUGUCCGGAAAAGCCACACACCAGACACAUUCCCUCUAGUCUUCUCAACCUUUUAUACAGAGCAUCAUGAGACAUGAUUGCCAGCUCCAAUGUUCCCGUCUUGGUUUUUGCCAGGGAAAAAAGAGACUGGAUGUAUUACCCAAACGGUUCAAUUACCCAAACAUUCCAAGACAUGGUUAGUGACAAGGGAGUCAACAUUGUACAGUUCACAGUCACAGACCGCGAGAAAAGACAUGAAAGGAAAAUACUUUUGUCUGCGGUUGUGAGGUUCAAGGCUUCAGGAAUGACUGAUAUGGCUGAUUAUGUUCAGCUGAUGUUGCAUGUGUCAUAAUCAAUUGGCUAACACCUCUCAGAUUAUCUGAUGAUGGGGCAAGCUGAUAUACGGAGGUACUAAAGCAAACAUGAAAGGUAAGCAGGUGAGUUUCAACUUGCUUUUGAGGUUCCGAAACAUUUUGUCAAAAGUGUUUUUUCUCUCAUUCUACUUCAAGAAAGAAAAGAGUGAGGCAAGUGCAUGCCCCAUGCAACAUGUUCUAAAAUGAAAUAUGAAGGUGAAGAUGAAAACUAAGCAAGAGAGAAGGAAAAAGAGAAUAAAGUAUCUACCAGUGCCUCUCACCAUCUAACUUUAAGAGGUUAAGCUCUCUACUGUUAUAUUACAGCGGUACACCAAAUUGAAAUGCUAGAAGUGUAGACAUCUUGUUGAAUGAAAUAACAUGUUGCAUUCUACACAGAAGAGGUCUUGGUCUUGGACUAAAUCUCAGUAUGAAACUUUCUGUAGCCUUUAUAACAGGGAUGGGCAACUUCAGUCCUCGAGGGGCUGAUUGGUGACACACUUUUGCCCCAGCCCAAGCAAACACACGUGACUCCGAUACAUAAUCAACUAAUCAUGGUCUACAAUUUAGAAUGCAAUUAGUUUCAUGCUUAGUGCUAUCCAGAAUCAUUGGGACGUCCCUACCCUAACCCUAACCUUAAACCCUACCCUUACCCUAAACCUAACCAUAACUCUUACCUAGCCCUAACCCUAGGGUUGCAACAUUCCGGGAACUUUCAAUCCCCUGGUUUUCCAGAUAUCCUGGUUGGAGGACUUCCUGCUCCUUCCCCACUCAUUCCUGGAAUCCUCCAACCGGGAUUUUGUGGAAACCAGGGAAUUGAAUGAAGUUCCCUACCUAAAUUUACCUAACCAUAACAUUAAUCCUUACCUUGCAUCUGUUAUACCAAGUAAAUUGUACAGGCGCUAACCUACAUAUCUUCAUUUGACCUACAGUGAAUUCGGAAAGUAUUCAGACCCCUUGACCUUUUCCACAUUUUGUUACGUUACACCCAUAUUCUAAAAUGGAUUAAAUUGUUUUCUUCCUUCAUCAAUCUACACACAAUACCUGAUAAUGACAAAGCAAAAUCAGGUUGUUAGAAAUGUUUGCUAUGUAUAAAAAAAUAAUAAUAAUACCUUAUAAGUAUUCAGACCCUUUGCUAUGAGACAUAAAAUUGAACUCCUAUUUCCAUUGAUCAUCCUUGAGAUGUUUCUACAACUUGAUUGGAGUCCACCUGUGUUAAAUUCAAUUGACUGGACAUUAUUUGGAAAGGCACACACCUGUCUAUAUAAGAUCCCACAGUUGACAGUGCAUGUCAGAGCAAAAACCAAGCCAUGAGGUCAAAGGAAUUGUCCGUAGAGCUCCGAGACAGGAUUGUGUCGAGGCACAGAUCUGAGGAAGGAUAACAAAAAAUGUCUGCAGCAUUGAAGGUCCCCAAGAACACAGUGGCCUCCAUCAUUCUUAAAUGGAAGAAGAUUGGAACCACCAAGAAUCUUCCUAGAGCUGGCCGCCCGGCCAAACUGAGCAAUCAGGGGAGAAGGGCCUUGGUCAGGGAGGUGACCAAGAACCCAAUGGUCACUCUGACAGAGCUCCAGAGUUCCUCUGUGGAGAUGGGUAGAGUUUGCAAAAAGGCACCUAAAGACUCUCAGACCAUGAGAAACAAGAUUCUCUGGUCUGAUGAAAUUAAGAUGUAACUCUUUGUCCUGAAUGCCAAGUGUCACGUCUGGAGGAAACCUAAACCAUAUCUACGUUGAACCAUGGUGGUGACAGCAUCAUGCUGUGGGGAUGUUUUUCAGCAGCGGGGACUGGGAGACUAGUCAGGAUCGAGGGAAAGAUGAACGGAGCAAAGUACAGAGAGAUCCUUGAUGAAAACCUACUCCAGAGUGCUCAAGACCUCAGACCAGGGCGAAGGUUCACCAUCCAACAGGACAACGACCCUAAGCACACAGCCAAGAUAACGCAGGAGUGGCUUCGGGACAAGUCUCUGAAUGUCCUUGAGUUGCCCAGCCAGAGCCCAGACUUGAACCGGAUCGAACAUCUCUGGAGAGACCUGAAAAUAGCUGUUCAGCGACGCUCUCCAUCCAACCUGAUAAAUCUUGAGACGAUCUACAGAGAAGAAUGGUAGAAACUCCCCAAAUACAGUUGUGCCAAGCUUGUAGUGUCAUACCCAAGAAGACUCGAAGCUGUAAUCGCUGUCAAAGGUGCUUCACCAAAGUACUGAGUAAAAGGCUUAUUGUGUGUUGAUUGAUGAGGGAAAAAAAACAUUUCAUCAAUUUUAGAAUAAGGCUGUAUUUGAUUUGAACGUUUAGUCCAUAAUGUUUCUUGAUAAGUGCUUGGGCUAUUAGCUGGCCAAACGUAGACUACAUGAAAAGUGCAAUAAUGUUAAUAUAAAGAUGUGUUAGUGUGGGUUUUCAGUGAAUUUACGUAUAUCACGAAGCUCAUCUGCAAGCUCAUCUGCAUCAGCAACAAAAAAAGUGAUCAAAUUAUAAUCCUACAUUGGCUUGCGAAAGUAUUCACCACCCUUGGCAUUUUUCCUAUUGUAUUGCCUUACAACCUGGAAUAAAAAAAUGUUUUUGGGGGGGUUGUAUCAUUUGAUUUACACAACAUGCCUACGACUUUGUAGAUGCAAAAUAUUCUUUAUUGUGAAACAAACAAAAAAGAAGAAGAAAAAAAAAGUAUCUUGGGGUAUGUCUCUAUAAGCUUGGCACAUCUAGCCACUGGGAUUUUGCUCCAGCUCCUUCAAGUUGGAUGGGUUCUGCUGGUGUACAGCAAUCUUUAUGUCAUACCACAGAUUCUCAAUUGGAUUGAGGUCUGGGCUUUGAUAAUGCCAUUCCAAGACAUAUACAUUUUUUACCCUUAAACCACUCAAGUGUUGCUUUAGCAGUAUGUUUAGGGUCAUUGUCCUGCUGGAAGGUGAACCUCCAUCCCAGUCUCAAAUCUCCGGAAGACAAACAGGUUUCCCUCAAGAAUUUCCCUGUAUUUAGCGCCAUCCAUCAUUCCUUAAAUUCUGGUCAGUUUCCCAGUCCCUGUCAAUGAAAAACAUCCCCACAGCAUGAUGCUGCCACCACCAUGCUCCACUAUGGGGAUGGUGUUCUCGGGGUGAUGGGUUUGCGCCAGACAUAGCGUUUUCCUUGAUGGCCAAAAAGCUAAAUUUUAGUCUCAUCUGACCAGAGUACCUUCUUCCAUAUGUUUGGGGAGUCUCUCACAUGCAUUUUGGAGAACACCAAACGUGUUUGCUUAUUUUUUUCUUUAAGCAAUGGCUUUUUUCUGGCCACUCUUCCGUAAAACCCAGCUCUGUGGAGUCUACGGCUUGAAGUGGUCCUAAAGACAGAUACUCCAAUCUCCACUGUGGAGCUUUGCAGCUCCUUCAGGGUUAUCUUUGGUGUCUGUGUUGCCUCUCUGAUUAAUGCCCUCAUUGCCUGCUCUGUGAGUUUUGGUGGGCGGCCCUCUCUUGGCAGGUUUGUUGUGGUGACAUAUUCUUUCAAUUUUUUAAUAAUGGAUUUAAUGGUUCUCGUGGGAUGUUCAAAGUUUCUGAUAUAUUUUUUUAACCCAACCCUGAUCUGUUUGGCGAGCUCCUUUGUCUUCAUGGUGCCGCUUGCUUGGUGGUGCCCCUUGCUUAGUGGUGUUUCAGACUCUGGUGUAUAUAUACUGAGAUCAUGUGACAGAUCAUGUGACCCUUAGAUUGCACACGGGUGGACUAUAUUUAACAAAUUAUGUGACUUCUGAAGGUAAUUGGUUGGGCCAGAUCUUAUUUAGGGGCUCAUAGCAAAGGCGGUGAAUACAUAUGCACGCACCACUUUUCCGUUAUUUAUUUUUUUAGAAUUUUUUGAAACAAGUAAUUUUUAAUGGACAUCACCAAUAUUUUGUGUAUGUCCAUUACAUGAAAUCCAAAUAGAAAUCCAUUUAAAUUACAGGUUGUAAUGCAACAAAAUAGGAAAAACGCCAAGGGGGAUGAAUACUUUUGUAAGGCAAUGUAUAUCUGUAACUAUGUCGUUUGAUCACCUUUUAUCUGUGAAACAUAUCAGUCCGCACAGUGAGUUCAAUUUGAUCAUAGUAAUAACUGUUGAUUUACUGCACCUGGCGCUGAGCUGAUUGCAGGAGAAUGGUGUGCUGUCCUGAAUGUUGAUUAUUAAAGAAAUGUCUUCCAUACUAUAGAUUUUUUCCCCCUUGAUACACUGUAAUAUCCUUCAACAUAAAAGUGUAAAAUCAAGAAUGCAAUGAAACAUACAUACGCCAUAUAUUCAAAAGUAUGUGGACACCCCUUCAAAUUAGUGGAUCGGCUAUUUGAGCCACACCCGUUGCUGACAGGUGUAUAAAAUCGAGCAAACAGCCAUGCAAUCUCCGUAGAACAUUGGCAGUAGAAUGGCCUUACAGAAUAGCAAAGUGACUUUCAACUUGGCAUCAUAGUAGGAUGCCACCUUUCCAACAAGUCAGUUCGUCAAAUUUCUGCCCUGCUAGAGCUGCCCGGGUCAACUGUAAAUGUUAAUGUGAAGUGGAAAUGUCUAGGAGCAACAACGGCUCAGACGGGAAGUGGUAGGCCACACAAACUCACAGAACGGGACCGGCGAGUGCUGAAGCAUGUAGCGCGUAAAACAGCCUCUGGAAGCAACGUCAGCACAAGAACUGUUCGUCGGGAGCUCCAUGAAAUGGGUUUCCAUGGCCAAGCAGCCACACACAAGCCUAAUAUCACCAUGCGCAAUGCCAAGCGUCGGCUGGAGUGGUGUAAAGCUCGCCGCCAUUGGACUCUGGAGCAGUUGAAACACGUUCUCUGGAGUGAUGAAUCAAGCUUCACCAUCUGGUAGUCCGAUGGACGAAUCUGGGUUUGGCAGAUGUCAGGAGAACGCUAUCUGCCCGAAUGCUUAGUGCCAACUGUAAAGUUUGGUGGAGUAGGAUUAAUGGUCUGGGGCUGUUUUUCAUGGUUCGGGCUAGGCCCCUUAGUUUCAAUGAAGUGAAAUAUUAACGAUACAGCAUACAGUUACAUUCUAAACAAUUCUGUGAUUCCAACUUUGUGGCAAGAUUUUGGGUAAGGCCCUUUCCUGUUUCAGAAUGACAAUGGCCCCGUGCACAAAGCGAGGUCCAUACAGAAAUGGUUUGUCAAAUCGGUGUGGAAGAACUUGACUGGCCUGCACAGAGCCCUGACCUCAACCACAUCAAACACCUUUGGAAUGAAUUGGUAUCCCGUCUGUGAGCCAGGCCUAAUCGCCCAACAUCAGUGCUCAACCUCACUAAUGCUCGUGGCUGAAUGGAAGCAAGUCCCCGCAGCAAUGUUCCAACGUCUUGUGGAAAACCUUCCCAGAAGAAUGCAGGCUGUUAUAGCAGCAAAGGGGAGACUAACUCAAUAUUAAUGCCCAUGAUUUUGUAAUGCGAUGUUCAACAAGCAGGUGUCCACAUACUUAUGUUCAUGUAGUGUAUUUUAAAUAUAGCUGAACAUUAUGUGAAUGAGUGCCUAAUACAAACACUAUUCUUACAUACUAUUUCUUAAAUCCUUGAAAUAAACUGUUGAAUGACUGACACUAUAUGGAGCAUGAGAGAAUGGCCUGUCCUAAACAAUUUAAGAGGAUCAACUGAGCAUGUCUCCCUAUUCUCAGAAAGAAGGAAAGCAAUAGUCAUAUUGCAAAUAGUAAUAUUAAUGCAAAGACUUCUAAACAGGUGUCCUUUAGCCAGGUAAAUGUGAAUGUGAAUGGAGAAGGCCUGAGAAAGUAGAAGCCAUAUAACAAAUCAAAUUUAUUCAUAAAGCUUUUUUUACACAAGCAGAUGUCACAAAGUGCAUAUACAGAAACCCAGCCUAAAACCCUAAACAGCAAUCAAUGCAGAUGUAGAAGCACGGUGUCUAGGAAAAACUCCCUAGAAAGGCAGGAACCUAGGAAGAAACCUAGAGAGGAACUAGGCUCUGAGGGGUGGCCAGUCCUCUUCUGGUGGAGAUUAUAAGAGAACAUGCCACUAAGGCCAGAUGGUUCGUCAAGAUGUUAAAAUUUUCAAAGAUGACAAGCAGGGUCAAAUUAUAAUCACAGUGGUUGUAGAGGGUGCAACAGGGCAGAGGCCGAGCAUUCAGAGGUCGAGACAGCAGGUGCGGGAGAGAGACAGAGAGAGAGAGAGAGAGAGAGAGAGAGAGAGAGAGAGACAUAGAGACAUAGAGACAGAGAGACAGAGAGAGAGGGAGAGAGAGAGAGAGAGAGAGAGAGAGAGAGAGAGAGAGAGAGAGAGAGAGAGAGAGUCGAAAACAGAAGGUCCGGGACAAGGUAGCACGUCCGGUCCCCAGGCCAGGUAGUCUUGAGGCAUGGUACGAGGUCUCAGGUCCUCCGGGAGAGGAGGGAGAGAGAGAGGGAGAGAGAGAGAGAGGCAGUCAUGCAGAUGAACAGCUCCUGACUUGUUAUAACUUUCUGGUUGUUAAGAGUGAGAUUUACUAAAAAAAAUCCCAAAAAAUAUAUAGGUAAUCAAAUUGUACAACUGAAGAUCAACACAGGAGGAAAAGAUCGACAGAGUGUGAGUUAAAAGACCAAUCUUAGUCGUGCUAGCUAGCCAAAUUCUAAUUUGUCAGCUAGCUCACGUCUAGCUCCAAUUGUUUACUGGUGUUAACCAUAGCAACAUGGCCGCUGAGGCAGCGAUAGCAGCAGCAGCAGCGACUGAGUGACUUUCCCCCCAUUUUUUUGAAUUUCCAGCAGAAAUCAAAUCAGAGAAGGGAAGAAUCAAUUUUAAACACAGAAUUCUGAGGGAGAACCUGGAAACUUGGUUUGCCGACUGCUCACACAACAGGACUGUUACCAACCUGUUAUUUUACACAGACCACACUACUCCCUGGCAUACAGCUGUAACGAGGCAUUUCAGCUAUACAACAAAGAAAUGCAUUUGCAAGGGAAGGCAAAUCCAUUUUUGAGACAGCGAAAAGGACCAGGUAAACAGGUUUCUGACAGUAAACAUGUACCAGAAUGGCACUGUCCAGGGCAGUGAGGCUGCACUCAGCUCUUUUGUGCAUGACUGCACCACCCUAAGGAAGAUAGCGGAAACGAAAAAGGACAAGGACAGCACCCCAACCUCUCCCCUCACCUCAGGCACUCCAACAGCAGGAGAUCAGGCCCAGAACCACACAACAGGUCUGUCCUCCCCCCUGCCUGCCUACGACCACCAGAGCCAAGACCACACUACCAUCAGCCUGCUGAGAGACAUGCUGGCUCUGUUAGAGGUAUGGGUUACUGAGCUAAAGGAGCAGCCCUGCAGCUACACCACCUCCAGCCCAGACACAGAGCUUCUACCAGAUCAACCAGUGCAGGAGCCAGAUGAAGAACUUGUCCAGGAGCUGAGAGAGAGCCUCACCGUAGAGCUUGAGGAGGUAAAGGCCACCAUGAGGAGAGAGCUGGUGCAGGUAAAGGAGGAGAUGUCAAAGGAGUUGUCUGUCAUCAAGAGGGUGCUGUAG